AUAUAUCAGACAAGAGUAGAGGAGUUAUAUAUAUAUGAGAGAGGCCGGCGUGGGAGGCCAUGUGGUCCUGGCCUUCCAGAAGACCGCAGACGACGCUACCGCCAGCAGACAUCUCCCGCUGCUUCUCCAUAUAUAAAUCUUAUUUACAAUGGCUGGUCUUUUGAGACGAUUUGUUCCCCUUUUUGACCGUGUUUUGGUCCAGAAAGCAGAGGCUGUGACAAAAACUAGUAGUGGCAUCCUCAUCCCAGAGAAGUCACUUGCUAAGGUUCUGACAGGCAAAGUGGUAGCAGUGGGGGAAGGAGCAAAGACUGAGUCUGGUACAGUCAUCCCUCCAGCAGUGGCAGUAGGAGACGAGGUUUUUCUACCAGAAUUUGGCGGUACUAAGAUUACACUUGAAGAAAAGGAAUACCAUCUGUACAGAGAUUCUGAACUUUUGGCGAAAGUUAAAAGUGAAUGAUUUAAAAGGUGAGGCUGAUGCUGUGAAUGUUAGGCGACAUGGAUGUUAAUGCAGAAAACCAUACCAGUUUACUAGUUAAAUCGGUGAUUAAGAAUUCCAGCAAGUCUGAAGAUUUGCCGUUAAUUUUUAGUUGAAUUUAAGAAAGUAUUGUAAUUAAAUGCUAACCAUCGGCACAAUAUACAUAAUGAAUGUUUCUCGGACCAGUAUGGUAUCAUGGACCAUUUUUCUACAUCACUUGCAUCAUAUUUCAUGUAUCAUUAGUUUAACAUUGUGUGGAGUCCCUAAAGUACUGUACAGUAUAUAGAAAUGUAAAAAUAAAAAAAAAAUAAACCAUUUUGAAAUG